AUGGGUAGUUCGCCGGUGAGCACUGUCUCACGUAUUUUCGUGGAGGUGUUGGAGAGGAACCCACGUCUGCCGGAGGUGCCCAACCACCGCGUCCUGCUGCGUUUCGAGGCGGCCUACGCUGUGCGCUCGGACAUGCGUACCCAUAUGCUGCAAAACCUCAGUCGCAAGUGGCUCUUUCUGCUCACCCUGGACGGAUAUCUGCGGCCGGAGUGCAAGGGAAAGCCUUCCUGUGCCGAUGAUCUGGACAUCCUCCUCAUAAACAUAGCCACAAGCGGUAAGUACAAGAUGGAGUCUUUAUAA